AUGGCCCGCAUUCUCAUCACUGGUUCUGCCGACGGCUUCGGCCUCGAGGCUGCUCGUCAGCUGGUUCAACGCAAGCACACCGUUUAUUUACACGCCCGCAAUGCCAAGCGUGCUGCCGAUGCCAAGGCGGCCUGUCCCGGCGCGGCUGGAGUAUUUAUUGCGGAUCUGUCCAACGUUUCGGAGACAAAGAAGCUCGCCGAAGAAGUCAAUGCUACUGGGGACUUUGAUGCCAUCAUCCUCAACGCCGGCAUGCUCUACGGUCCUUUCCGCAAGACGGCCGAUACUGGCAUCCCGGCUAUGGUUGUUGUCAACGUUCUGGCCCCCUAUAUUCUCGCCAGCCUCUUGAACCCCCCCAAGCGACUCAUCUUCAUUUCCUCUCAACUGCACCGCGAUGCCACCAAUCUCAGCGCCGAUGACAUUUUUUGGUUGGAGCGUGGCGAGAGUGCUUUCCAGGACUUCCCCGCCUAUUGCGAUUCCAAGCUGCAUGUGAUGCUGCUUGCAAAUGCCUUUGCGAGAAGACUCAAGAACACGUCGGUUCUUUCGGUUCACCCGGGAUGGGUUGCCACCAAGGUUGGAGGCGAGGGAGCCCCUGACAAGUUAGAGGACGGCGUGGAGACGUACGUCAUGUUGGCUGAAGGGGACUACGAUCAGAGUCUCACUGGCAAGUACUUUGACCCUAAGCGAAAGCAAGCCACUCCUCUUCCCUUGUCAGGAGAUGUGAGCUUGCAGGAUAAGGUCGUUGAAGCGUGCGAGAAAGUUGUUGGUCUGAAGCUUCCCGCCUAG